AUGACCGUCCAGGCGAGGAGGCACUCCGCGGCCUACAACAAACCAUCGCCCUAUUCUUCGAGAGCACACGACACCGAUAUUGAGAAACAACAUCUGAAUGCCCGCCCCCAACAUCAUCAUUACAAUCGCAGCGAUGAUGACUCCGAGUCCGACACUGACGCUGGCCCUGGUCACUCCUCCGCUUCCUACCCACCUGCAAGCGGCGGAAGUCUCCGACACACUCACAAUCAUUCAAACGUAGGCUUUCGCGUCCCUCAACGGAUCAUGCGAUGGCUCUGCUUAUCGCUGUUUGUGUCGCUUAUAAUAUUCAUCCUCACCCUCUUCCGAUUUACUAUCUCGUCCUCCGUCUCCAAAGUCGCUGUCGAGUUACCCAAGGUCGUCUCCACAAAACCGCCCACUUGGGAAGGGUUCCCGUUCCUCAACCGCUAUCAUGGUGGAAUUACAAACCUGGUCGCUCGCCCUGAUAAUGUACCCGAAUAUCCUGGUAGUGGGGUGGAGGGAUUGCCCGACCCUGUGGAAGAGGACAAGACCGAAGCCGCCAAGCAAAUAGCGAAGCGGGGGGACAUGAAGCCCUCGAUGAUAAGCUCGGUGUUCAACCCGUACCCAGACUACGACUCGUCGGAAUAUAUCAAGAAGUAUGGUGAGAAGCGCGAGUGUUUCUUGGAUAAAGAUCGCACGGUUCGAAUUCCCGCGCUUCAGAGUUUCCCUGGAGUCCCCAAGGGCUUCCCGGACCCAGUGAUGGGCUCAAACUCCAUGCUUGGUAUCCGCGACGAUAUGUGCUUUGACAGAUUUGGACGUUUAGGCCCCUACGGACUCGGGUAUGGAGCUAAGAAAGGAGGUAUUGGUGCUGGUCUGGAGGGCCAUCGCGACGGUUCGGAGCGCAUUUGGGAAGACAUCCCUCCAGUGGAUUUCCGCAAGGUGGAUUGGGCCGAUGCGCAGCAAGAGUGUCGAACAGCAAACCGCCAUCGCUUCAAUGAAUUACCCGAGCCGCGCUUGAACAGAUUCGUUUCCAUGCCCGUGGGAAUUUCCGAAGUGACCGUACAGGAGCCUGAGGACACAUACAAAUCGAAGCCCAAGAUCGGUUCAGAUCGACUACCGAGGACCGCCGUAGUCAUCCGGACCUGGCACGACUUCCACUACACCUCCGAGGACAUCAUGUACAUGCGAUCUAUCAUAUCGGAGCUCUCGUUGAUGUCUGGAGGCGAGUACACUAUUCAUUUCCUAAUCCAUGUCAAGAACAACGACCUCCAGAUCUGGGCGGAUGAUGAAACCUACCAGCGUGUGCUUCACGAUGCAUUGCCAGAGGAAUUCCGGGGAAUGGGAACCCUCUGGUCAGAGGCGCAGAUGUCAUUGUUGUACCCUGGUCUUGAGGAGACUUUUGCUCGAGGAUUACCAAUCCACGGAGUGUACCGCAGUACCUAUAUGCCCAUGCAAUACUUUGCCUUCCAGCAUCCAGAGUACGACUUCUUCUGGAACUGGGAGAUGGAUGCGCGCUAUACUGGUCACUGGUACCAUCUUUUCGACAAGGUUGGCGACUGGGCGCGAGCACAGCCUAGAAAGGGACUUUGGGAGCGCAACUCUCGCUUCUACGUUCCGUCAGUCCACGGUUCGUGGGAAGACUUCCGCCAAAUGGUUCGCGUACAGACCGAAAGUGGCACUGGCAGCAUCAACAAUAUGUGGAGCGUGGUCAAGCCCGAUGGAACUGAAAAGGAUCGGGAUGCGAAUGGAUUGCACCAGCAGGGCGACAAGUUUGUCUGGGGCCCCCAAAGACCUGACGAGAGCGACAUCUUUGAGGUGGAAGGCGAAGGCAUCCCGCCCACGACCGUUGACAAAGACCAAUAUAAAUGGGGUGUGGGCGAGGAUGCCGAUCUGGUUGUGUUCAACCCGCUCUACGACCCAGAAGGCACGACUUGGCUGCUUCGAGACGACGUGACUGGCUACAACAAAGAAAGUGGAAACCCUCCACGCCGGACUGCCAUCAUCACCGCCUCUCGUUUGUCUCGCAAGCUCCUCGUAACCAUGCAUAAGGAGACCAGUCUCCGCCACCAUAGCAUGUUCUCUGAGAUGUGGCCUGCCACCACCGCGCUCCACCACGGAUUCAAGGCUGUCUAUGUGCCGCACGCUGUCUACAUUGACCGUCGCUGGCCGACAAAGUACCUUGAGACGGUCUUCAACGCCGGCCGUAACGGCGCUUCAGGUGGCGCCCGUACCUCGGUCUUCGGAGAACGGGAACACAACUUUAAGGGUACAACGUGGUUCUACUCUGCCGGGUUCUCUCCGAACGUCUGGCGCCGCUGGCUCGGCAUGCGUGUUGAUAAUGACGGUGGCGAACAACAGGAAUUGGCUGGUGAAGGCCGCAUGUGUCUGCCUCCUAUGCUUCUACACCCUGUCAAGGACGUGCAGAUGGUGAUUGAUGACGGGGAACAUGCAGAGGAUCGGUGA